CGGACUAUGUCGCUGCAUCCUCCCCGACUAGGCUCAUUCUCCGCCUUUCCCUCUGUGCCUGGAACACCAGUGCACUCUAUUCAGUCGAUGAGAAGGAAAGGCGCUGGUCAUAGCGGACCUCUCCCAAAGAUCCUCGUCGCCAACCGCGGGGAAAUCGCAAUUCGCGUUUUCAGAUCUGCUCAUGAACUCGCGAUGCACACUGUCGCGAUUUAUUCGUAUGAGGACCGGCUCUCUGCCCAUCGCCAAAAGUCCGACGAAGCAUAUCAAGUUGGUAAAGGUUUGACGCCCGUUGCUGCCUACCUUGCGCAGGACGAUAUCAUUCGAAUCGCGCUUGAACAUGGGGUGGACAUGAUCCAUCCAGGUUACGGAUUCCUUUCGGAGAAUGCGGAAUUCGCGCGCAAGGUUGAACAAGCUGGCAUUGCUUUCAUCGGGCCUUCACCUGAAGUCAUUGAUGGCUUGGGAGACAAGACUAAAGCCCGCACACUCGCCAUGAAAGCAGGGGUGCCUAUUGUUCCAGGGACUCCGGGACCAGUCGCGUCCUACUCCGAUGGCGACGCGUUUAUUAAAGAGUAUGGCUUUCCUGUUAUCAUCAAGGCCGCCAUGGGGGGAGGUGGCAGAGGAAUGCGUGUUGUCCGUGAACAAUCUGACUUCAAAGACGCGUUCGAACGGGCGACAAGUGAAGCAAAAUCAGCCUUCGGUGACGGCACAGUUUUCAUCGAGCGUUUUCUUGAACGGCCCCGUCACAUUGAAGUCCAGAUCCUUGCAGAUGCUCAAGGAAACACGAUCCACUUAUUUGAGCGUGACUGUUCCGUUCAAAGGCGGCACCAGAAAGUUGUAGAAGUUGCUCCAGCUACCCAUCUCCCGGAGGAAGUCAGGCAAGCCAUUCUCUCAGAUGCGAUCAAGCUAGCGAAAAGUGUUGGAUAUCGAAAUGCCGGAACAGCAGAGUUCCUAGUUGACCAAAUGGGAAGGCAUUACUUCAUCGAGAUUAAUCCUCGCAUUCAGGUGGAGCAUACGAUUACAGAGGAAAUCACCGGCAUCGAUAUUGUUGCUGCUCAGAUUCAGAUUGCGGCCGGGGCCACACUUCCCCAGCUUGGCCUAACGCAAGAGGCUGUUACCAAGCGUGGUUUCGCUAUCCAGUGCCGAGUAACGACGGAGGAUGCAUCCCAAGGCUUCCAACCCGAUACUGGAAAAAUCGAAGUAUACCGUAGCGCAGGUGGUAAUGGCGUUCGUCUGGACGCUAGCUCUGGUUUCGCUGGAGCCCAAAUAACUCCCCACUAUGACAGUUUGCUCGUCAAAUGUACAGUCAGUGGCACAACCUACGAAGUUGCUAGACGCAAGAUGCUGCGAGCUCUUGUUGAAUUUAGGAUUCGCGGCGUCAAAACUAAUAUUCCUUUCCUCUUUCGUCUCCUUACUCAUGAUGUCUUCAUUGGUGGCAAAACCUGGACCACCUUCAUUGACGACACGCCAGAGUUGUUUAAACUCGUUCAAAGCCAGAAUCGGGCUCAAAAAUUGCUGGCAUACCUUGGUGAUCUUGCCGUUAACGGUAGCUCCAUCAAAGGACAAGUGGGUGAACCUGGUCUGAAAGACGAAGUUAUAAUUCCGAAAUUCCAAAAUCGAGAAGAUCCCUCGAGCCCUCAAACCCUAGAUGCAUCUAUCCCGUGCGCUGUCGGUUGGCGAAAUAUAAUUGUGGAGCAGGGGCCCGAAGCCUUUGCAAAAGCAGUUCGAGAAUAUCCUGGCACUCUUAUCAUGGACACCACGUGGCGUGAUGCACACCAAUCUCUCCUGGCCACCCGUCUGCGUACAAUUGACAUGGUCAACAUUGCCAAAGAAACUAGCUACGCGCUAGCCAAUGCCUACAGUCUAGAGUGUUGGGGCGGGGCAACCUUCGAUGUUGCAAUGCGGUUCUUGUACGAAGAUCCCUGGGAGAGGCUGCGUACGUUGCGCAAGCUGGUACCAAAUAUUCCAUUCCAGGCCCUUGUGCGCGGUGCUAACGGAGUUGGUUACACAAGCUAUCCUGACAAUGCUAUCUACGAGUUUUCCAAGAAAGCCGUUGAAAAUGGCUUAGACAUCUUCAGAGUCUUCGAUUCUCUCAACUACUUUGGUGCGAUGCAACUUGGAAUUGAUGCUGCCAAAAAAGCUGGCGGGGUCGUCGAAGCCGUGGUCUGUUAUAGUGGGGACGUCGCCAGCCCCAACGAAAAGAAAUAUACCCUCCAGUACUAUCUCGAUUUCGUCGACAAACUCGUUCAGGAGGGCAUCCAUGUCCUCGGCGUCAAAGACAUGGCUGGCUUAUUGAAGCCGGAAGCCGCAAAGCUACUCAUUGGCGCAAUCCGUAAAGCAUACCCAGACCUUCCCAUCCAUGUUCACUCGCAUGACACCGCGGGCAUUGCUACUGCGAGUAUGAUUGCUGCUGCUGCUGCUGGUGCCGACGUAGUAGAUGUGGCUAUUGACAGCAUGUCUGGCCUAACUUCACAACCGUCCAUGGGAGCGGUCUGUAUGGCACUGGAGCAAACCGCCCUUGGAACUGGAAUACGAUUUGAAGAUAUUCAAGCUCUCAACCUAUAUUGGAGUCAAGUCCGCCUACUGUACGGCUGCUUUGAAGCAAACGUUCGCGCGUCCGACUCGAGUGUCUUCGAUCAUGAAAUGCCUGGUGGCCAAUAUACUAACCUAAUGUUCCAAGCUUCUCAACUUGGUCUCGGGACGCAAUGGACCGUAAUUAAACAGAAAUAUAUCGACGCAAAUGAACUUUGUGGAAACAUCAUCAAGGCCAGUGAAGUUACACCUUCUUCCAAAGUCGUCGGCGACUUUGCGCAAUGGAUGACAUCAAAUUCACUGACCAAAGAGCAAGUUGUGGAGCGUGCAGAACAACUUGAUUUCCCUUCUUCGGUUGUCGAAUUUUUCCAGGGUUAUCUUGGACAGCCGGUCGGCGGGUUUCCGGAGCCUUUACGCACCAGAAUCAUACGAAACAAGCCUAGAAUUGAUGGCAGACCUGGUGCUACGAUGGAUCCUCUUGACUUCAAGAAAAUCAAAGCAGAUUUGAGAAGCAAGUUUGGAAAGCAUAUCACUGAUGCCGAUGUGAUCUCAUCAGUGAUGUAUCCCAAGGCAAGCGUGUUUGAAGAUUAUCAAGGAUUCAUCGAAAAAUACGGUGAUCUUAGUGUGAUUCCGACCCGCUACUUCCUCGGUCGUCCAGAUAUGGGAGAAGAAAUGCACAUCUCCAUCGAGCAGGGGAAAACUCUUAUCAUCCGACUUAUGGCUGUUGGGCCUGUUGUCGAAGGGCACGCUCAACGCGAUGUUUGGUUUGAGGUCAACGGAGAAGUGCGCGCUGUCUCUGUCGAAGACAAAAAUUCGGCCGUUGAAACCGUCUCGCGCGAGAAAGCCACUAACGACCCUGGAUCCGUUGGCGCACCUAUGUCUGGUGUCGUUGUCGAGGUAAGAGUCAAGGAAGGUCAAGAAAUCAAGAAGGGUGACCCCAUAUGCGUCUUGAGUGCGAUGAAGAUGGAAUCCGCUGUGACUGCACCAGUAUCAGGACAUGUCAAACGGGUGACCGUACAAGAAGGCGAUUCCAUUACACAAGGCGAUCUGGUCGCUGAGAUCAUGCACUAG